AUGUUUCAAAGGCUGUGGGAGCUCGGGGCAGACUGGGACGACCCCUUACCUGAGGCCCUGAGAGCCGAAUGGGACAACUGGUGCAGAGAGCUUCCCACAAUCGGAAAACUGUCUGUCCCAAGGACGAUCAUGGCAAACUUCAGAAGCAACAAGACCAACAAGACGCUGCAUGUCUUCUGCGAUGCAAGCCCCAAGGCAUACGGCGCCGUUGCGUACGCCGCCACAAAGACUGCAGCACGAGAGGUGCACGUGGUUUUGAUUAUGGCCAAGUCAAGAGUGGCACCCCUGAAGCGCCUCUCCCUGCCGAGACUGGGGUUGAUGGGAGCACUGAUUGAGGCGCGGUUGAAAUGCUACCUCACAAAGACGUUACGGCUGAAGGACAUACCCGCCUGCCUCUGGACGGACUCAACGGUGGCGGUGCAUUGGAUCAAGGGGUCGGCAGACAAAUGGAAGCCGUUUGUGGCAAAUCGAGUGGAAGAGGUGCAGCGGCUGACCGACACACAGGAGUGGAAUCACUGCCCUGGGGUCGAGAAUCCAGCGGAUCUCCUAACCCGAGGCGUUCUACCCUCAAAACUGGUAGAGACCGCGCUCUGGUGGAACGGACCCAAGUGGCUACAAAAUCCGGAGUCGGUUUGGCCUACCAUUAACGAGCAAACGCCCAGGGCCACCGAAUAUCAAGAGGGGAAAAAACUAAUGGCAGUAAUGUUGGUGGCGGCACCUCCCACGACACCUCUCUUGCAACUGGAGGAACACAGCCGGCUAAUCAAAGUGCUACGAUUCACUGCUUGGAUCCGGCGCUGUGUGCACAACUGCAAAAACAGGGAGGCAAGAAGGGAAGGCCAGUUAACAGCCGAGGAGUUGACAGACGCUGAACGAUAUUGGUUGGCCUGCACACAGAAAGAGGCGUAUGGAGACGAUAUCACAGCACUGCGCGCCGGAAAGGAACUGAAAGAAAACUCCGCCGUUUCACGCUUCGGGCCGUACCUCGAUGACGACGGUCUCCUUAGGGUGGGAGGAAGACUGCAAUCCAGUGACAUCAAUGACGAGACGAAGCAUCCUGUUAUUCGUCCCUCCGACCACGCAUUCACCGCCCUUCGCAUAUCAAGGGAACAUAUUCGACUGUUGCACGCAGGAGUCCCAGACACGCUGGCACAGCUGAGGGAGGUGUACUGGAUUGUCAAAGGACGGCAAGCCGUGACGAAAACGGUUCACCGGUGCUUGGAUGCUGAAUUCUGGUCACAAAACUUCAAACAAUGUUCUAUAGUGAAAUGUCUGGAGAAAGGCAUGCAGCUCGUGAUAUUUUGGAUCAGAAAAAAAGUUGGCAGCACCGGAGUUUUUUUACUCUAA